AUGUCCUUGACAAAAUAUUUCUACUGGCAUUUUGUUGCCAUUAGUUUGUUGGUUGCAACGGCUGUAUGCGACAUUUCCCGUGACUCGUUUCGCGAGAAGUGUCUGGCCUUCAAACCUGCGAGACACAUCAACAACUCGACUUUGACGCGUCAGGAAUUUGUCACGGCUGAUACAAUACUGGAUUUAUCCGACAACGUCCCGACAUGCAACCGUCGCUCCCAAGUUGUCAAGGUCGACCUUUGUCGUAUUGCUCUUCAAAUCCCUACUUCCAAACGGUCUAGCAUCAGUUUCGAACUGUGGUUGCCACACGAAUGGGAGGGAAACCGAUACCUUGCAACUGGCAAUGGCGGCGUGGAUGGAUGUAUCAAGUAUGAAGAUCUUGGCUAUGGUACAUCAAAUGGCUUCGCUACAAUGGGCACCAACAAUGGACAUAAUGGUACUACAGCCAUCACCAUGUUGAACAAUCCGGAUGUUAUCAAGGACUUUUCCUAUAGAUCCCUUCACACAGGCACCGCCUCGGCCAAGAAGCUGAUCGAGUCCUUCUACGGUAAGCCGUCAGCCAAAAACUACUAUAUCGGCUGCUCGCUGGGUGGUCGCAUGGGAGUUAAGGCCGCAGAAGCAUACCCCGAAGACUACGAUGGUAUCGUGGCUGGAUGCCCCGCCGUCGACUUCAACAAUCUUCAAGGGCAGAGAGCCAUGUUUUAUACCAUCACAGGCAAUGAAAGCUCUGCCAACUACAUUCCUUUGACAACUUGGACUGGUCUGAUUCACGAUGAAGUCCUUGCACAAUGUGACAAGAUUGACGGUGUCAAAGACGGCAUCAUCGAAGUGCCCGAAAGGUGUGUCUUCAACCCCAAAAGACUACUCUGCAAAGGCUCUCAGACCAGUAAAUGCCUCAACCCAGCUCAGAUAAAGCAACUGGAAAGGAUAUACGCCCCAUACACAUAUCCAAAUGGCAAGCCUAUCUUCCCGCGUAUGAACCCUGGCAACGAGCUGCAGGCAGUAGCCAAGCUCCUAGCAGGCAAACCCUUUGACUAUUCGGUGGAUUGGUUCCGUUACGUCGUUUAUAACAACCCAGAGUGGGAUGCCAGCACAUACAGCUCUGACGAUGUUCGAAAGGCUGACGAACUGAACCCUUCUGACAUCCGCACUUAUCCCAAAUCGCUUCCAGAAUUCAAGAAACGUGGUGGUAAACUGCUAAGUUACCAUGGCGGCCAGGAUAACCAGAUCACGCAGUUCAACACACAUCGUUUUUGGAAUCGUAUGGCAUCCGAUGAUCACAGAUUGCACGAUUACUACCGUUAUUUCCCCAUAUCGGGCAUGUUUCACUGCAGUACAGGUCCCGGCGCCUGGGCUAUAGGACAGGGCGGUGGUGCUCCGGCAGCAGGAGUUCCCUUUGAUCCCGAGCAUAACGUACUGGCAGCCAUUGUGGCGUGGGUUGAAAAGGGAGAUGCACCUGAGAGUCUGACGGGUACCAAGUUUAUCAAUGACACAUAUACUGAGGGUGUUGACUUUCGUCGCAAGCAUUGUUUGUAUCCCAAGACACAGACGUAUGUUGGUGGGGAUCCCAAGAAGGUCACAAGUUGGCAAUGCAAAUAA